AUGGACCUCGAGGGGGAGGACGACUGGAAGCGGCGCCUGGACGGGCCGGAGGAGGCCGAGGAAGAGACGGACUCGGAGGGCGCGGAGGAGGCGGGGCCGAGCCGGGGCCGUCGGGGAGCCGCCCGCGCCGGGGACUUCGCGCCCGGGUUCGUGUUCGCCGAGGAGGCGGCGGCGGGGCCGGGCCGCGGGGCCUGGGCCGAAGCGCUGGGCCAGCUCAAGAGCAAGAGGAAAGCGACCAGCCUGGACGAGAAGAUCGCCAAAGUGCGAAGGAAAAGAAGAGCUCAGGUGAGGGGGGGCCGCUUUGGUAAAGAGACAAAACAGGAAACGGCAAACGGAGGUGCGGAAGAGGCUCCACAUGAGGCCGAGGAUAAGGCAAGCCCUGAAGAUAGCGAGGAGGGGGAGGAAGAAGACAGCUCCUCUGCAGACGAGGGCAUCUACUCAAGAGCAGAUACGCUCAAGGUGAAGGAGAGGCGGAAACAGAACAAGGGGGGAGAAGAGGAAGCAGAGCUGUUCUUUGGAGAAGAUGCCUCACAGUACGAUGACAGCCUGUCGUUCCAAGACAUGAACCUUUCACGUCCUUUGCUGAAGGCAGUCACGGCCCUUAGCUUCAAGCAGCCAACACCCAUCCAGAAGGCGUGUGUUCCGGUGGGGCUUCUGGGGAAGGACCUCUGUGCCUGUGCGGCCACCGGGACAGGGAAGACGGCGGCCUUCAUCCUGCCAGUCUUGGAACGUCUGAUCUACAAGCCCCGGCAGGCCCCCGUGACGCGUGUGCUGGUUCUCGUGCCGACCCGAGAGCUGGGCAUCCAGGUUCACUCGGUCACCAGGCAGCUGGCACAGUUCACCAGCAUAACCGCCUGCUUGGCAGUGGGCGGCCUGGACCUGAAGAGUCAGGAGGCCGCCCUGCGGGCGGGCCCCGACAUCCUCAUUGCCACCCCAGGACGCCUGAUCGACCACCUGCACAACUGCCCCUCCUUCCACCUGAACAGCAUCGAGGUGCUCAUCCUGGACGAGGCCGACCGGAUGCUGGAUGAAUAUUUUGAGGAGCAGAUGAAGGAGAUCAUCCGGCUCUGUGCGCGACAUCGCCAGACCAUGCUCUUUUCUGCCACCAUGACGGAGGAGGUGAAGGACUUGGCGUCGGUCUCCCUGAAGAACCCGGUCCGGAUCUUUGUGAACAGCAACACAGAUGUGGCCCCGUUUCUGCGCCAGGAGUUUGUCCGAAUCCGGCCCAACCGCGAAGGGGACCGGGAGGCAAUAGUAGCCGCCCUGCUGAUGCGGACCUUCCCGGACCACGUGAUGCUCUUCACCCAGACCAAAAAGCAGGCGCACCGCAUGCACAUCUUGCUGGGGCUAAUGGGCCUGCGGGUGGGGGAGCUGCAUGGGAACCUCUCCCAGGUGCAGCGGCUGGAGGCGCUCCGCCGCUUCAAGGACGAGCAGAUUGACGUGCUGGUGGCCACGGAUGUCGCUGCACGGGGCCUCGACAUCGAAGGCGUCAAAACGGUGAUCAAUUUCACGAUGCCCAACACGACAAAACAUUACGUGCACCGGGUGGGGCGCACGGCACGGGCGGGGCGCGCCGGCCGCUCCGUGUCUCUGGUGGGGGAGGAAGAGCGCAAAAUGCUGAAGGAGAUUGUCAAAGCAGCCAAAGCGCCCGUCAAGGCCCGGGUGCUCCCUCAAGAUGUGAUCUUGCGAUUCCGGGAGAAGAUUGAGAAGCUGGAGCCAGAUGUGUACGCGGUGCUGUGCUUGGAGCGGGAGGAGCGGGAGCUGCAGCAUUCAGAGGCCCAGCUGAACACUGCCAAGCGGAGACUGGAGACUGGGCGGCAGAACGCAGCAGAGGGCGCCAGCCGCAGCUGGUUUCAGACCAAGGAAGAAAGGAAGAAGGAGAAGCUUUCCAAGGCCCUGGAGGACUUUGACUUGGCUUUGCGGGGCAAGAGGAAGAGAGAGAAGUUCAUGAAUGAGAGGCAGAAGAAGGCCCAGAUGACGCCUGAGGAACGGUCCCAGUUUGAAGUCCUGAAGGCCCAGAUGUAUGCCGAACGCCUGGCAAAGAGGAGCCGCCGAACCCCCCGAGCCCGGGCCAUGCCGGAAGAUGCUCCGCCAGCGACAGCGGUGGCAGGCCUGAAAAAGCCCAAGAAGAAAGUUUCUGUCUUUGAUGAGGAGCUGACCAACACCAGCAGAAAAGCCCUGAAGCAGUACCGUGCCGGGCCCUCCUUUGAAGACCGCAAGCGCCUGGGCAUCGCCCCGAGGAGGAAAGGCGGGAACUUCAAAUCCAAGGCCAGGUACAAGAGGAAGUGAGAAAAGGAACUCCUGGCUUG